CAUAAUUUCUCGCGUCUGUCCUGUCAUAAGCCUCAACAUUGUUUUCAAGUGGUGUGAAAUUCGUGAUAAAUUUAUUAUUUUAUCGAUUUCAUUGGUUUUGUAUGAACAUGUAUAUUUUGAUAGUGUAGUGGAUUUUUAGGUAAAUCAAACACCAUUAACCAAACCGUCACAUCAAUUUUCAAACAAGUGUGGGUAAAUGAAAAAAUAUUUCGUUCAGUAGCCAAUUGUGGUAUGAUAAAGGACAUUUUUAAUUUGUAAACAGUUUAGCAAUUGUCGGUGAUAUUGUGAUGACAUUGUAAAGUAACUCACAAUGCAUAUUCUGUGCACAAUAUGCAGUGAUUUGGUUAACCAGGCGGAGAGCAUUUACGUUACAAAAUGUGGCCAUAUAUUCCACCACCAUUGUCUAGCGCAAUGGAUAGAAAGAUCAAAAUCAUGUCCACAAUGCCGCAACAAGGUAACAGAUCGGUGCAUGUUCCGUCUGUACCCGACCAUAUCCAACGACAUCACAACCGGCGAGGAUGUGGCCACGCUGCAGUCGCGACUGGACGACGCCCAGCUUCAGCUGCGACAGACGAAGACUGUCUGCAAGGAUAGGGAGGAGAAAUUGUUGGCAAUACAGGCUGAUUUGAAGAAGAAUGAUGAAAUCAUAAAAUCCUAUGAGAAGAAACUAGUCAGUCGUCAGUCAGCUCUGAACGGUUUGCGAGAACAGGUUGAAUACCUGAAGAUGCAGAAUAAGGAAACGCAAAGGCUGAAGGAGGAAAAUGUGGCCUUGCAGCAGAACAUGCAGCUGUUCAAUGGGCUGAACAACAUAUUAAAUGCAACAUGCGAGGAUGUUGAGAAGAUGCUUCAGGGUUACACGGAUGUUCGUACGGUGGCCACUUUCGCAACAGCACUUAAACGAGGCUUGUGCGAGUCGGAAGCUAAAAACAGAGAGAUUAGAGACAAGCUGCAAGUGGCCAAGCAGCAGAUUGGGGCAGAGAAAGCUACGGUGGCUGAUCUACAGGCCAAGCUAUUGCAAACAGAAGAUAGGCUGCAAGAAAUAGAGCAGAAGUACCAGUCGCUCUCCAAGAGGAAGGCGGGGGACAUGAGUGACAGCGACAUGGACACGUCUGCGCCCGCGCAGGAGAUCGCCGCAAAGCAGAUGCGGUCCAUGGACCUGUUCGACUUCAGCGGACCGGUGCUGCCCGUUGAUAGGGAUGAGAGUGUUGGAACAUUGGUGAGAAGGAUUGAGAAUGCUGACUCGCCAUAUUUGACCUUAAAACAGAGCAGUCUCGCUUUGUCCGCGCUACAGCGAGCGCCCAAACACGCGUUACCUGUGGACAAGAUGAAGCCAUCAGAGCUCGCCAUAAUAAAAACAACGCGCAACGCAGUCAUGAAGCGUCCGAACACAGAUAAACUAUCAAGCCAGAAGUCAGUCAGUAUUUUCAACAAGAAGGAAUCACUUAGCUUGGACACAGCGGGUGAAAUGCCAAAACGAUCCAACAUAUGCUACGACGGUCUCGGAGGACAUUCUAAGUUGGAGAUAUUUCCCGUGCCAAAUAAUACGCCUAAUAAGAACUUUAUACCUAAAUUGACAGCUAAACACAGGUUAAAACGUCCGACGCCCGUUGGCAGUCAAGAUAUAAGCAAGAUGUUGGAUAAAAUGAGGGGUAAGUGAAAUUGAUCUUAAUAUGUUGGUAUUUUCGGUGGAAUUUUCUCUGGCAAUAGGAUUUAGUAUUUGUGUACACGAUGUUGCAAAAAGGGGGUAUGCAUAAAACCAUGUAAUGUAAUGUAAUGUAAAGGAAAAAGGAAUGAUGUUUAAUGCUCAGAAUAAAUAUUCGACAUUUUCCUUUCACAGUUUUAAGAAUCUCACUAUUGAUAAUACUUUGAUUUAUUUAAAUUGGGUAGUAAAUACGAACUAACGAUGCAGUAAUUAAGAAUGUUUAAUGCAUCUUUCAUUGUUAUUGUAGGAAAGGUUUUAAGGUGUUAAAAACUCUGCUAUCCACACUGUAUGGGUGACAUAUCACCUUUUUGUAACACUCUAUAUGUUGAGCCACUUUUGAUACAGUUUUAACAACGAAAUUGUAUAUGCCGACUGUUGAUCAGUUCAAGAAUAUGUUUAAUUUUGAUACCAUUUACUACAUAUAAAAAAAAAUACUGCGAACCCUAUCAGACUGUAAGUUUGGAAUAAUUAACUAUGUACACUGUAAGAAUAAAGUGCUAAGCGCAUAUUGUUUAUCAGUUGGUGUUAUUAGGGUUGUCAACCAACUAUCACUCAAAUAUUUAAAUAGUGUAGUGUAUGUUAUAAUUGUUAAAACCAAAUGUCGUUAGUGUAAAAUUUUAUAAAAAAUAAUAAUAAAUCCAAUCAAUGUAAAUGUUGAAUGUCUACUGAAUCUAAACGAAUUUCGGUCAUAACUGAUAUUUUAUUGACCUUAGAUAAUGACUUCUUUAUCUACAUAGUUCAAUCUAUGUUCUAUGAUUGCUCCAUCCUAGACAAAAAAUAAGUUGUAUCUAUCGUCCAUGACAACUGAUAUAACCAUUUUCAAAAGUCAUCUGUGACUCACUGUACCCUGCACUGUGCUGUUUAUUUAUAUUAUUUUAAGUAAAAUCUAGCUGAAUAUAAAUAUUACAUAUAUCUAUUUGCCAAUUGAAAAAGUACCGAUUUGUUAAUUGCUCUAGUGUUCUAGAGCCAUUGAAUUCCCAAAAAAAGAAAAAUACUUUUAGUUUUCUUAGAAUUUUCAUAAAUCACAAUUACACAUCACUAAUAAAGCCCGUCACACAGAAUAAGAGUUUCUCGUGCGAUAGAGACGAGAAUCUAAAAAAAAAGUCAUUUAAUUUCAUAAAUUUCGCUUUCGCUUUCUUUGCUUCGCUAUAUUUGCUUUCAUUUAUUAUAUUUUAAUCUUAAAAGUAAAUAAGUGGAGAGAGUGUGCCGGGUGAGAUCUCGCAAAUGACAUUAUUAUAAUCCCGAUUCUGUCUUAAGAGAAACUCUUAUUUUGCUAAUGAAGUUUAAAAAAAGGUUAUUUCUAUGAAUUAAGUGUACCUCACUACAUUAUAAGUUAUAGAUUCAUAUAAAAAUAGUCUAGAUUCUAUCGAAACAAGUCAUUUGUGUGGUAAAUAAUUGGAUUUUUUGUUUGAUCAGUUGCCAAAUUUUUUGAUGCGAGAAAAUAUUGUCAGUACCUACAGAGUCUAUAUCUCGUGCACGAGAAACCUGCACCAAAUAAGUAUUCUCUUGCCAUAUACCAAUCCAACCGGAACAGCGCCGGACAAUUUGAUAUUUUUUGUUCAUAUUGCCGAAUGAUUUCAUUUUACUAUAUACUAUCCUGUGAAUAUCUCAUACAAAUGCCAUGUUUCGCCAAUACUGUUACAUCUGGUCAUUAAAAUAGAUUGUUAAUAAACAGUGAUAAUGCAAACAGGUUCCUACAUCAAAAUAGAUUAUAAUAAUUUUCUAUUUCAACUUAAACCUAGUAAUGAAUAAGACCAGUAAACUGAAUUACUAUUUUAGAGGGAAUAAAAUUAUUAUUUGUAAUGCGGUUUUGAUACUCUUUUAUACAUUGUUCAAGUCAAUGCAUAUAAAUAGACAAUCCAAAAAAUUAUACCGUAUUCCUACGAAAAGAUCAUUUUACUUUAGAAUUAUUUUUAAAGAAAGAACUAUAAAAAUAAUUCACAACUUUUGUUUUCCUUAGACGUUAGGAGUAGCGAGGUAGCUCGCUUGUAUGCAGCUGAUCAUUAAACAUACCAGUGUUUGCAAUAAAUCAAAUUGUAAUUUAUUAUAAUUAGACUAUUUAAAUAUAUUCUAGUUAUUUUUAAAACUCUAGAAUCGGACAGUGUUCAUUUUUGUUUUAUCUCGCUUCCCAGAAUCACAAUUACGAUUUAUCUAGAUAUACGUAUGUUGCUCAAUAUAAUACUGUAAUGGUUGUAUGGAUUAGGAUGAAGUGUAGCGUAUGGAAAGAUCGAGGAAAAGAUAUAACAGUUUCAGGACAGCCAAUAAGUCAUGCGACAAAUCGGCAAGAUUAAGUUAAUAAUAUGGAUAAUUAUUAAUUGUUAUUACAAAUCUCGAGGACUAAACUAAUUUUGAUAAAAUCGUUUUCAAUAUUAAUGAAAUUCCUUCCUACUUAAGGAAACUUAUUAUAUCCAUGUCCAUGUUGUUACUUGUGACUAUAGAAUUCCCUAAUUUUAUGACAAGACAGUCUGAAGGCAUGAAUGAAAAAAAAAUCAAUAAUAAGCAGAUUUAUUGUUAAUCCAGUUUAGAUGAACUGACCGGCAUAAUAGUGUCGAUUGGCGUGGAAUCUUCGUAAAUCGAUGCUUUAGAAACGACUCCAUUUAUCAAUUGUAAUCACUGUGCAGUUUCAGUAUAAAAAACUAACACCCUUAUUCAUAUACGUUUUCUAUCUAAGGAUAGAACAUUGCUGUGAUGACAAGUUUGUUUCUCAGUGCUGACGGCAUGGCAGCCUUUGCAGUGUGUGGGCAUAGGGCCGUUGUAAUUGGCUAAUAUUGAGAUACAACUUAAAUAUAAUUAGCUGUCAGAUAAAAAAAGCUGAACAAACAGCAAGCUGUCAUAUAAACAAAGCUGAGGAACAAACUUAUCACAGCAAUGCUCUGUCCUUCGAUAAAAAAUGUCUAUGAAUAGGGUAAGUGUCCUGCUGGUCUAGUACUUGUUCCCUUUCCCAUGCCAUAGUGAUGUUAAGUGUUUUGAUGUGAAUCAUAAUGGUUGCAUGUUUAGUUCAUAAGAGUAGAUACUUAAGAAAUAGUUUUACUGUGAUGUUUAAAUAUACUGAAUUGAUUAUUGCCGCUUGUAGUCAACAAGUGGUAUGUUAAAUGUAAUAAAUAUGUAUUAAAUAACUCGUUGUUAAUUUAUUAAAGACUGUUAAAUAUGUCAUUGAUGAAUAAAUUGGUUUUGAUGGUGUG